AUGGUGAAGGUGCGGAAGCUUGUUGGCGCGAAUCACCACGUGACAACUGCCUACAGCCCGUGGGCGAAUGGUUCGAUUGAAGUGGUCAACAGCAUGAUGUUGCGAGCGACGAAGGCCCUGUUGAGCGAGUGGCGGCUUCCAGGAAAUCAGUGGCCUGUGGUACUGACGCUGGUUCAAGGGGCGUUGUACCACCAACCAUCCGACCGGCUUGGUGGAGUUGCACCGGCGACGGCAAUUGGAGGCUUUCCGGCUUCGACCCCGCUCAGCGGUAUUGUGCACACCGUGACGAAGGAGGUGUACGAAGUGGACCGGCUCAAGAAUAAAAGACAGAUGCAUGUGGCCGAGAUGCAUCGAGAAGUGUCGGCGACAAUUGAAGAGAAACGAGCUCAAGCGCUGGACCGGCAAAACAACAAGCCUGGCGUCAAGUGCCCCUACUUUGACGCCGGAGACUACAUGCUAGUCGGAUUGGUUGUGCGCCGCCCAACCAAGUUGGCUCUUCACUGA